AUGAGAGCUCUGGUGUGGAACUGUCGAGGUGUUGGGAGCCCCUUGACAGUUCCCCAGCUUAAGGAGAGUGUCAAACUCCACUCCCCAGAGUUGAUAUUCUUGUCUGAAACAAAAAACAGGAAGGAUGUUAUGAAUAAAGUACGACUACAGUUAAGGUAUGACAGGUUGUUUGUGGUUGAUCCAGUUGGGAGGGCUGGUGGACUGGCAGUUUUGUGGAGGAAUGAGUUGCAAAUCUGUAAGGUACUAUAUACUGAUUUUACUAUUGAAUUGCUAAUGGAAAGGACUGGGGCUAGGGCUAGAUGGUGGUUGAUAUGUGUUUAUGCUAGUAGUGAGGACCAGAUUAGGGAAAAGCAGUGGAAGGUUAUAGAGGGUAGGAAAAGUUUAUGGGGCCAGAAUUGGGUACUGGCAGGGGAUAUGAAUGACAUUUUAUCUAAUGAUGAGAAAUGGGGGGGCUGUAGAAGGCCAGAAAGGAGUUUUCAUACGUUCAGGGAUUUUGUAAACAAAAAUCAGCUUAUUGACAUUGGCUUUGAAGGAAUUCCAUGGACUUGGUCAAACAAUUGGGAAGAGGGUAAGGAAAUAAAGGAAAGAUUGGACAGAGUACUAUGUAGUAGACAAUGGAGAAAGGAAUUUGAGAAGGCUAAAUGCUUACAUAUCCAGAAUGAGGCCUCUGAUCAUGCUAUGAUGCUUUUAGAUACUGAUUCAUGUGGGAGGAAGUGGAAAAGAAGGUUCUUUUUUGAUAGGAACUGGUUAAAACAUAAAGAGGUAGGUGAACUCAUUAGUAGAGAAUGGGGAAGGCAACAAGAUGGUUCUAGAUGUUUCAAGUUACACCAAAAGAUAAAGAGCUGUAGGUUUGCUCUUUUGAACUGGAACAGGCAGAGGAACAAUAAUGCUAAGAAUGAAAUAAGGGAGUUGAGACAGAAACUUGCAGAGGUUCAGAGUGAAGGGCAUGCAAAUAGGAUUGGAAAGGUCAGGGAGCUCAAGAAGAGAUUGGAAGAGGCUUAUAAGAGAGAGGAGGGUGAUGGUACUUGGUGUGAUUCAGAGCAAGAAGUUGCAAAUGAGAUUCAGGGGUAUUUUCAGGAGUUGUUCACUUCCAGUAAUCCUCAGCAGAUUGAAUCAACACUGAGGGAUAUUCCUCUAGUUAUCACAGACCAAAUGAAUGAAAUGCUGGUUAGACCUGUGUCAGAAUUGGAAUUAUUAAAGGCUAUUAAUGAAACUAUCAUCACUCUUAUUCCUAAGGUCGAUUCCCCAGUUUUGGUGUCUCAGUUUAGACCAAUCAGUCUGUGUAAUGUUGUCUAUAGGAUUAUAUCUAAAAUUCUGGUCCUCAGAUUAAAACCUGUUCUCAAUUGUUGUAUCAGCCAAAACCAAUCUGCUUUUGUCCCAGGAAGACAAAUCAUUGAUAAUGUUGUUAUUGCUCAUGAAUUUAUUCAUUGCUUAAAUAACAGAAUGUUUGGAACAAAUGCUUUUAUGGCUUUGAAGCUUGAUAUGUCCAAAGCUUAUGAUAGAGUUGAAUGGCUUUUUGUGCUUAAAAUAAUGGAAAAGAUGGGUUUCUGUCAAAAGUGGAGGGACUGGAUUUUUAAGUGUAUGUCAUCUGUAGUAUACUCUUUUAACUUGAAUGGGGAAAAAAGGGGGAUAGUAAUACCUACAAGGGGGAUUAGGCAGGGAGAUCCUCUAUCUCCAUAUAUUUUUUUGCUUGUCUCUGAGGGAUUAUCCGGGUUACUCAGGAGUGCUAUGGUCAGGCAGGAAAUUUCUGGUCUUAAGAUUGCCAAGCAUAGCCCAGCACUGUCUCGUCUCUUUUUUGCAGAUGAUACAUUGAUUUUCUGUAAAGCUAACAAAGAGGAAGCUGCAAAGGUGAUGAAGCUGUUGGAGCUGUAUGGGAAGGCUUCUGGACAAAUUAUAAAUGCUGAAAAGUCUUCUGUCUUUUUUAGUAAGAACACAAAGGAAGGGGAAAAGGCAGAAAUUUUGGAUACUUUGGGAGGCAUGAUGGAAGCUAAGCAGAGCAAAUAUCUGGGCCUACCACUGGUUUAUGUGUGGACAUUUGUAAAGAAAUGGCAAAAUUUUGGUGGGGGGAUAGGGAUGAUAUUAGGAAAAUUCAUUGGAUGGAGUGGGGGAAGUUAUCCGAGGUUAAAGGUAGGGGGGUUGGGUUUUAGAGAUUUGCAGCAAUUCAAUACAGCAAUGCUUGCAAAGCAAUUAUGGAGGAUUUUGACAAGGCCAAAUCUGUUAGUCAGUAGGAUUGUUAGGGGGAAGUAUUUUAGAGGAUCCUCCUUUUGGGAAAUGAAUAUCAAUGCUGGGGAUUCUUGGGUUUGGAAAAGUUUUCUCAGUGCUAGGGAGUUGCUGGAAGAAGGGGUGAGGUUGAGAGUUGGGGAUGGCAAGCAGAUUGAUAUUUGGGAGGAUAAGUGGCUGUUAGAUCAGGAGUAUGGGAAAAUCAGAUCAUGUAAACCUCAACAGUGUCGUAUACAAAGAGUGCAUGAGUUGAUUUCUGAUGGGAAUUGGAAUGUGGAUAUGAUUAGAGAAGUUUUUGAGGAGGAGGAUUGUCAAAGAAUACUUGAUAUUCCAAUUAGUAAGUGUGGUGGUAAGGACAGGCUAGUAUGGAGUUUUUCUAAUUCAGGGGAGUACUUUGUAAAGACUGGCUAUGCGGUGGCUAAAGACUUGCAGAGGAAAAAAAAGGGGGUAUGCCAGCAACAGGGGAGUAGCAGUAGGAAUGAAUUUAAGUCAGGGGUGUGGAAAUUGCUAUGGGGGUUGAACGUUAAACAUAAGCUGAAACACUUUGUGUGGAAAUGCCUGCAGCGAAUUUUGCCAGUAAAUGAAACAGUUAGGAGAAGGACUGGACAAGGAGAUGAUAGGUGUUGUUGCUGUGGAGAAAGGACAGAAACUCUUGAGCAUAUGUUCUUUUUCUGUAAGCAUGCGGAACUGAUUUGGAAGGUUGCUCCUAUUAAUUGGGAGGGGUUGAAUGAAUACAGAUAUAGUUUUUGGCAUUGGUGGGGCAGUCUGAUGGAAGCACAGGUUAGAAAGGAGGGAAGGGAACACAUUGAGCUGACCAUUAAUGUGCUUUGGCAGAUUUGGAAGUCCAGGAAUUUGAUUCAAUUUAAUAGGGAAGGGAGAUGUCCAGGCUUGACAAGUAAUAAGGCUGUUCAGGAAUGGUUAGAAUUCCAGAAUGUUUCCAUAGUAAAGAUGGAGGAGGACGAAAAGGGUAGGGGAAUUGAAAGAGGACCUGUGAAAUGA